GCAGAGUGUAGUGUGUGGUGGUGUGAGACGGGUUGCUCUGACUGCCUGGAGUAUCACCUUCACAAUUCUCUACUGUAAGUCACCGAGUAAAAAAAAUAUCGCGCACGAAACUUUGUGAAUUUGAAAACUUACGACACGAAUUGUUGUCAGCAGUAGGACCAGACACGAGGCAGUUUACCUGAAGGAGGCCCAGGAGAAGGACUCUACAGUAGUCUUGUGUGUGUUGUCUCGUCACUUCUCGCAUCAACGUCUUCAUCAUGUUAGCGUUUAAGAGGAGUGACUGGCCUGCCAAGGGUGUAAGGACCCACAGGUAUAGUGUCCUCGUCCCCCUCCUCCUGCUGGUGGUGAUAGGGCCGUCCUCCACUUCUGCGCUCCGUCGGCUGAAGAAUGGACUACCCACCCCACUACACAGCAACACGUUGGGAUCACUGGACAACCUCAAGUGGAGAACAUCUUCGUCUAUCUCCUCUAAAGACAGAACAGAAUCUACGACCACAACGACCACAACGAUCUCACCACCUACAACGACAUCAGUACCAGGGACAAAUUCAACGUCGCCACCAAUAUCGGAAUUCACGACUUGGGAAACGACAAAUUCAGCUUCGACUUUAACAGAAAUUACAACCUUGAGAACGACAGAUUCAGCAUUAGUAAUUUCAAAACCAACGACUCCAGCAAAGGCAAACUUACCAUCAUUGACUUCAGACACAACGACAAACUUACCAAUGACAACAUUUCCAGAAUCCACAACAACAACAAAAUCACUUUCACAAUCAACCACUCCACAAUCAACGACCACUUUAACCACAAUCAGAACAACAACAACCGCACUAGAGGAACAUACACCUCCCCUUAACCCUAUAAUCACUAUAAUUUCACCCAGCUCAACAAAUCAACCAGACUUCAACUAUCUCCUCCCCAGGGUCAUGAAGCCACUCCACUAUGACAUCUACGUGCAGCCUUUUAUCAAUGGGAAUUAUAGCAUUAAUGGUUCUAUGGCUGUGGACAUGGUAGUGCUCCAACCUACCUCCAACAUCACUCUUCAUGCUUCUAAUAUGAAAAUCACCAAAGAUACGAUUAAGCUGGCAGCGGCUGAGGGUGAGGCAGGAGACGACCUCCCCAGCAUCAAGUCCUUCACGGUGGACACAACUCGUCAGUUCUUCACAGCUCACCUGACGGGGGAGCUGAGACCCGGCAGGAGACUCCUCUACUCCAUGAACUACAUCAGUAGCCUCCACAACCACCAGUCAGGUUUCUUUGGUGUCCAGUACCUCGACAGCAAUGGUACCCAAAGGCAUCUAGUGACCACGCUGCUACAGGCCACCCACGCCAGAAAAGCCUUCCCCUGCUUCGACGAGCCCGACCUCAAGGCGACCUUCAAGCUGCGGGUGGCCAGGCAGAGCAACAUGACCGCCAUCUCCAACAUGCCCAUACGACGCACCGUGCCAAUGGAGGAGGAAGGCUGGGUGGUGGACGAGUUUGACACCAGCCCCCUCAUGCCCACCUACCUCCUCGUCCUGGUCAUCGCUCACCUGGAUUACGUCAGUGUUACCAGCCACGGCCGCGUUCCUAUUAGAGUGUGGGCGAGGCCGGAGCUGCUCCACAAGACAGCUCUCGUGCAGCAGGUCGCACCGGUGACCCUGUCGUACCUGGAGCAGUACCUCAACAUGUCAUACCCUCUGCCCAAGCUGGAUUUUGUCGCGUUACCCAGUGAUAUUGGCACAGCGUUCGAAGGCUGGGGUAUCAUCGUCAACUAUAACGAAGAGUUAAUGUUGUUCAGCCCAGACGCAGACCCAAAAGACCAGAGGGAUAUGGUGGUUCACAUCCAGGCACACGAGUUGGCUCACCAGUGGUUCGGUAACCUGGUCACCCCGAGUUGGUGGACUGACCUGUGGCUGAGUGAGGGUUUCGCUUCCUACCUGCAAGUUCUAGCUUUCACUAAGAUGAACCGGUCACCCAACAUGUUAGAGGAGAUGGCAGAGCUCUUGCAAGAUAUUCUUCAAAGCGACAGUGAACCUUCGUCCCAUCCCAUCCGCCUCCCUGUUUACAACCCGAGGGACAUAUGGGCACUCUUUAACCCCAUCUCUUAUUAUAAAGGGUCGUAUAUCAUCCACAUGAUGAGUCACUUCCUCUCUGAGAACACCUUCAGGAAAGGCAUCAUCAACUUUCUUAAGGACCGUAAAUACAAGAACGCAGAACAAGACGACCUGUGGAGGCACCUGACAGUCGCUGCCCAUCAGGACGGCACACUGCCCUGGGACGUCACUGUUAAGACCAUCAUGGACACCUGGACGCUGCAGACUGGCUACCCCGUCAUCAAGGUGGUGAGGAGCCCAGAUGGUACCUCGGCUACUGUCCAUCAGGAGAGGUUUCUACUGGACGGGUCUGAAAAACUUACAGACAGAAAUUUCUACAAGUGGUGGGUGCCGCUGACGUACACAAGGCAGGACAAUCCCGAUUUCAACAACACCAAGGCUAAGGUAUGGAUUAGGAACACCGAGUCACAGAUAAUGAUCCCGUCCCUACCAGACAAACACCAGUGGGUCAUCUUCAACAUACAGAGUACAGGUUAUUACAGAGUCAAUUACGACCUCGGCAACUGGAAACUAUUAAUCAAACAGCUCCUCACUGACCACCGAGUCUUCCCCGUCACAAACAGAGCUCAGAUGAUUGACGAUGCUCUUGAUCUUGCUCUAGUUGGUAAACUCUCUUACAAGACGGCCCUCAGUGUAACCGAGUAUUUGCGGAAUGAGACUGAAAGGUUGCCGGUACAAUCAUGCUUCCACAACAUGGAGCACUUGGAAAAGAUGCUUUGGAACACCCCAGUUUAUGGAGGCUUCAAGAAGUACAUGCUAUCGUUGCUGGUGCCAUUGUACAGUGCGCUGAAAAUCCACAACGACCAGCAGGUUGAAGCCGUCCAGAAGGAACAUGCAGACCUGGUGAAGCGGCUGUGUGACCUGAACCACCCUGACUGUGUACACCUCGCCACCUCUCUCUACAGCCAGUGGAUGCAGGAACCCAAAAAUCUCAAGUCGGUGCCACAGCAAAUACGGGAGACUGUGUACUGCACAGCCAUAGCCCACGGCGGGGAGGAGGAGUGGCAAUUCGCGUGGAGGCAGUACUUCCUGAGUAACGACGAUGACCACAAGGAUCAGCUGCUGAAAGCCCUCGGCUGUACUAAAGACUCCUGGGUCAAGGCUGGGUACCUUAACUUGGCCUUUACCCCUGGCGUGAAGCUGAGGUCCCAAGACAUGUUCCAGGUGUUCAGUUCGGUGGCGUCAAAGGUCCAGGGCCAUCACGUAGCCUGGGACUUUCUGCUCAAUAGGUGGAAUAAUGUUACAGCAUUAUUUGGUAAUGGAGAGAACGUGGCCGAGAUAUUCCUGAAGACGGCCACCGAGUCCUUCAACACCAGGCAGAACCUGAUGGAGCUGAAGUUCUUCAUGAGGACAAACAAGAAGUACCAGGGGGUUGAGAAGGCUUCUGAAUCUGCCAUGACACGGACUUACUCCAACAUUGCUUGGAUGGACAGGAACUAUGAUGACAUCCGCCUGUGGCUCAACAAUAACGGCUACUCUACCAAUUUGCAGGUUUUAUGAGUUUCCAGACCCACAGAACAUAAUGCUGCCUCAAUGUUUCUGUACCAAGUGACAAAUACCUCGAAGACCUCAAGCAUACAAAGUACCAAAUCCACUGAAGUGUCUUCAUUCCAUCUUGAAAUUCAGUGCCAAGCCAUUGCAUGUAUUAAGCUCCGGUUCGCCUGGCAACUCUCUGGUGUUUGUGUGCUAGCACUAAUGUAUAUAUCCCGAGUGCUUGUUGUAUAUGAGUGUAACUAUUCUAGUUACUAAGCGGUAGUUCACCUGUUGAUCGCUCCACCCACUGUUACCAGUUUAUUUUAUAUUCUUAAUUUGUUAUCAAGUCAUUCUCUUCCUACGGCCAAGUCCACAGAGUCAUUUCUAUAUUAAAUCACAGUCAUUUAUAUCUAUUAAAUCACCCGGUCAUUUCUAUUUAUAAUAAAUCACAGUCUUCUCUAUCUGUAUUAAAUCACAGAGGCACUUAGGACAAUAUUCUGGUACAGUACUCGGCUAUAACUACAUUAUGAGUGAGAUUUUCCCUCUUGGUGCAGCAGUACUGAAAAUGUCCAGACUUCAGUAAACGUGUAAACAAAUGACUUUCGUCUGUUUUAACACUCUGGACUCACCUAACUCUUUAGACUUCACUCUGAGAAUCAAACUACAAACUUAUUAUCAAACAACAUUAUUAUUUGUGGGUAUUUUAUCAGUAGAACCAUCCGAAAAAGAAUUGCCAUUGUAUAAAAACUGUCUUUUCCAGGGACUUACUGUAAAGGUGUUGAUGAAGACCAUCUUACCUGGUUAAUGAGCGUGUGAGUUUAUUGAUUAAAAAAUAUAAGUUCUUUUACUGGAUCAAGAUUAAUAACUUAUGACCAUAGUGUAGUAAAAUGAUUCAACAAACUCAGGGGUAAAUAAUGACGUCUUAAUAUUGAAAGACUGAGAGUGAUUUGGUUGUUUGCUUGAAGUCAUCCCUAAAUAGAUACGAAUAUAAUUUAUUUUCUGUUGUACUUAUUGUUGGAGAAUAAAUGACAUACUGUUAU